UCCUCCCCCUCUCCCCCAAAACUAUCUAUUCCUAAUUCUCUUCUCCCAGUUUCCUUAUAGUCCUCGAUCCUCAUGGCUCUCAUGGCCAUCCACGUCUCCCAUGUUCCCAUACUCGACAACGUCCCAAAGAGCCCCUCCGUCGCCCUCUCCUCCACCCUCUUCCCCAAAGGGGCUGAGAUGGUGCGACCGCCGUGGAAGGCAACGGGCCUCGUAGUGGUGGGCCACCGGGGUAACGGGAUGAACGUCUUAACGUCGCAGGACCGGCGCAUGACGGCCGUUAAGGAGAACUCCCUCCUCUCCUUCAACCGCGCCUCCCGCUUCCCGAUCGACUUCAUCGAGUUCGACGUCCAGGUAACCAAAGAUGAUGCCCCCAUCAUCUUCCAUGAUGAUGUGAUCCUUUUCGAAGAAGCUGGACAUAUAAAUGAGAAGCAGGUCACAACUCUGUACCUGGAAGAAUUCCUUUCCUACGGCCCCCAAAAAGAGCCUGGCAAGGUGGGGAAAUCAUUAUUCAGGAAGGCUAAAGAUGGGAGAGUGUUAAAAUGGAGUGUGGAAGAUGAUGACUCUCUUUGCAUAUUGCAAGAGGCAUUUCAGAGUGUUGACUCCCAUUUGGGCUUCAACAUUGAGCUUAAAUUUGAUGACCAUGCUGUUUACAGAGAAGAAGAGCUUUCUUAUGCUCUUCAGGCCAUCUUGCAGGUGGUCUUCGAGUAUGCCGGUGAUAGACCCAUCAUCUUCUCAACCUUCCAACCUGAUGCAGCACAGCUAGUGAGGAAAUUACAGUGUGUUUACCCUGUGUUUUUCCUCACCGAGGGAGGGAAUGAAAUCUUUGAUGACAUGAGAAGAAACUCCUUGGAUGAGGCCAUUAAGCUAUGCUUGGCAAGUGGUUUGCAAGGGAUUGUUUCAGAUGUCAGGGGAGUUUUCAGAAAUCCAUCAACAAUAGCUAGAAUCAAGGAAUCCAGCCUUGCCCUUCUAACAUAUGGCCAGUUGAACAAUGUUCCUGAAGCCGUUUAUAUGCAGCAUCUAAUGGGCAUCAAUGGUGUAAUUGUUGAUCUCGUCGAAGAGAUUACCGAGGCUGUGUCAGAUUUCAACAGACCAGCUACCGAAAGAGAUGAGAGUUUGUGCGACCCUAAAGGGGAGGAGGUCAGGAGGCCUAAGUUCUCACAACAAGAGCUCACAUUCUUGCUCAACCUUAUACCUGAACUAAUGCAACAGUAGUCCCAAAGGAACUAGGAUGUAAAGUUAUUGUAUAGCAUCUGAUUUAUAGAGACACAAAGAAAUGAAAAUGAUAGUAUGGUAACAUUAAUCCUAUAGAUGUUUCUUCCAUGAUAUUGUUGUUGCGCCUGGGCACAGCGCACGAAAAUUGAUCUGCUUAUUCAUACAAACGAAACUAUUAUGAUGGAUUGAUUUGUUCA